ACGUACAAAAUUCCAAGCUUUAAAUAUCGAGGUAUGGAAGUUCUGAUUUUGACAAAAGCUGGUUUAGUAAAGCAUAACCUCUAAAAAUUGUGACAACUUGUUUACACGGUGAUGUGAACAUUCUAUCUUCAACUUGUACGAUCAAAUUACUCUUCGUCAUGACUAUUUUGUUAGGUGAAACUAACUUUUGGACAUUCGAAGAUGUCGUUAACAUCAAGGAUACUGACCUUGGUGCAUUUCGAUAUCAUGAUAAACGUACAGAAAAUUUGUACGCCGAAGGCAAAAGAUCCUAUGGCAAGAAACGUGGAAUGGUCUGCGUACCGCAAAAUAAGAAAGCAAAUAAGCUAAAGGAUUCGAUCAAGUAUCUAGAGGAACAAUUGAAAGACCAUUCUGUGGUAUAUUGCCAGUGGUGUGACCAUUGUGUGGUACAAUUACUCUUGAGCUCUGGAUUAUUGAUUCAUAUACAGAUAAAUCUUUCAACAGGAGAUAUCCAAAAAAUGAUAUUCGAUAAGUACCUUGUUGGAAAAGUCUUGGAUCACAUGUCAGAUGUGAUAAUUACAAAAAGUCAUCUGAUGUGCACGUACAAUGACAAUCAAGUGACUUUGGUACACUUUACAAAGCCCAAAAGGCACAUGUUUGAGAAAAUGAGUAGACUAGAUCCUAAGUUGUUAUUGUUUGAUCUGUCUGGCCCAAGUGGCCGCAGAUUAGAUAAAAAAAUUCAAUUUAAUAAGACUGGAGAUUUGAUUGUAGUAUGGUGGAAAUCAACCAUAAAUGAAGUGUUUCCCUGGAGUCCUGUAGUAAAAGAACAUGAUCGAGCCAAUGUUCACCUUUAUCGUCUUAUAGGAAUAAAGAUAGAGCUUUUAUGCUUUCUGCGAACAGAAUUUGAUCCGCUAUGUGUAACAUUUAGUACACAUCAUGAAAAUAUGAUACAUUCUGUAGAACAGAAAGUGUCUAGAAAGGGUGAAGUAACUAUUGAGUGGAGAAUCUACGAAGUAUCGCAGCAGGGUAAAUUGCAGAGAAUAGCCGUAACCUCUGUUCCUUUGCCAACGCAUACCAGUUGUAUCAAAUUUUCACCCAAUCAUGACAUGUUGUUGUUGUGUUGUAUCGAUGGCUCUGUGACAUUACAUGAUCAAGCUCGGGGGACGAAUAAUAGUGUGAAAGCUGCUUUUAUACCGACUUUGGCGUCGUGGCACACUGACGGAAUGGCAUUUACCAUUAGCAAUGAGCGGGGUCAAUUUCAACAUUAUGAUAUAUCGUUAACAUGUUUACGGAGCCGAAUACUGAAUGAGGAUACAACACCAUCUAAUAUUUUGGAUCUUUCGUCAUAUUUUAGUAGAAAUCAACCAGCCUUAUUGCGAAUGGAAUGGAGCAAAGGAAUAACUUCUCACAAUUGUCCAGAAUCGUAUGGCAAUGGGGAUUCCCUGUUCUUACUACUGUUUGAAAGAGGGCCAUUGGGAAUAAUCAAAUUCAUAGAAGGAAGUAGUUUGUCUGGUGAUGUACUAGUUCGAAGGCACUUGAAUUUAUCCCAGGUCGAACGUGCCAUAUCACUACUUUUGGCUAUGAAUUGGGACAUUUAUCCAGAAGUGUGCAUGCAUUCUCUGAAUCAAAUAUUGAAUUACCUCUUCAAAUCAUCGCUCACGCCAGAAAGAGAAGGGCUCAUACAAACUGCUCUGGGCAGCUUUCAUGUACCAAUUACGCCGAUAAGCCAAACAGUUCAAGAAGAGUAUGGAGAAGAAGUAAGAGAUUUGACAAGGAGAUUUUUUCAUCAUUUGUUGAGGCAUCGUCUGUUCGAGAAAGCUUUCAGACUUGCCAUAGAUUUGAAUGAUCAUGAUCUCUUUAUGGAUAUACAUUUUUAUGCCCUGAUAACAAACGAUACAGAGAUGGCAACUGCAGCGAAAGGAAAAGCUGAAACUAUCCUCGUUCGAUCAAAUAGUUGUAGUAGCACACAUUCGACAUGCUCUCGGCGAUCCUGUUCGCUGUGUUCGAGUUCGGAAAGUCAAGCAGAAAGCGAAUCUUACAGCGAAGAAAGUGGAAGCGAAGAUUCACCGAGGAGGAAACAACUCAGUUCAACUGUUCUCCUGAAACGAAAUAAUGUCAAAAGUGUUGACAGUAAUGUCCCACCUUUACCUGUCUUACAUCCCCAUCACUAUAAUAGAAAGAGUCUAAUGUCAACUUCAUUCAAUGCGGUUGAAAGCCCUACCAUAAACUCUUUGAACAGUGAUAAAAAUUUAAUGUCAACUGCAUUCAAUGUUCCCAGUGUCAAUCAUCUGACUUUAGAGCCUUUCAAUAAUUCCUCAACUAGUAUCAGUCGUAACAAUGAUCCGCUAACAUCUCCUUAUAACAAUCCCAAUUUAUGUUCAACAUCUCCUAACAGUUCCGUUAAAACUUUGCCGUCAUUUAAUGAUGUGAUAGGUGACUUAAUGUCAACGUCUUUCAGUAACAAUUCUAUAUCACCAAUUUUCAAUCACUCCAGCAAUACCAUAAACGAUAAAUCAUUCGAUGACAAAUCAAAUACCAUAUCUUCACCACCGUUUAAUAAUGUUUCAAGCAAUGCAAAAAUUUCAACUAUAUUGCAAGAUACAAAAAACUUGACGACGACUUUAUUUAAUAAUCCUACUUAUGACUCAGAAUUAUUCGAUAAUACUUCCAAUAAAUCAUCUUCAUUUAGUAAUAUAGAAUCCCCUCGUAUCUCAACACCAUUUAGCAAUCUGACUAGUAAUUCUAUGAGUAAAUCGUAUGGUGAUCUGUAUAACGGAUUCAAUUCCACAAGUAAAUAUAAUGUAAAUACACCACCAAUGUUAUAUGGUAUGAAACCACCGGCAUUCAAUGCUCCUCAGUCAAGUACAUUGGUAUCAAUGCUAUUCAAUGAUUCAAUCGGUACUGAUAAAUUGUCAACUACACCAUAUUUUGAUCCAAACGGUAGCCUUAUGUCAACAUCAUUUAGUAACUUUGACAAAGAAUUAAUAUCAGAUUUUGGUAAUACUGGUAAGGACACUUUUGCACCAACUUCAAUUAAUCCUGUAGAUAAUCCAAUUCACAAUCAUUCUCCGAUGAAGUCAACGAAAAAACAUUGUCCAAUCUCAGUACCACCUCCGCCUUCAAUAAGGAAUUCCUAUAAUUAUGUACACAGCUUGCCAAACAGAAGUUACCAAUUGUCGCAUAGUACGUUGGGAUUAACUAAUGUAGACGAACCAGUCCAACGAUUCCAAUCCAGGUUACCUAAUUCGACUGCAAAGGUUUUACAAAGGCAAAAUUCUGUAUCUACAAUUCUACAAAAUCAUCAUAAAAGAAAUAACAAGUUUCAAUCAACUAGAACUUAUAGAGUCAAUUACGACCUUGAUUUUGUUCCUUUCUAUGGUAGCUGUGACAAUUUAGAUUCUCAUACUCCCAUAAAUCAUCUAAGAUCGAAUUCACAACUCCAAAUGAAAUUAGGAGAAAGUACGCAUUUGAAACACAGUUUUUUGCAAAAUUGUGCCAACUUGAACACAAGCAAAGAGCAGAAAUUUUCUUCUAAUAUAUCACCACAACCUAUAAUCAAUUCUCCAUUCUCUAAAUCCAAGUCCAACACCCAAAUCCCUCCUGCCGUUGAAACUUUAACGUCAAGCGAAAAGCCGAAAGUUAAAUUUUCCGACACUGUGACACACAUUUUGGUACCUGGAUCGGGGCAACCGUAUAGACCUGUACAGAAGCGGUCGGUAACUCAGUUGCAUCCAAUGGAUCCUAAGCGAGAGUUAGCUGAAAGUCUUCCACUAUGUCUUGGAAAUGAAGAUUAUCUGAAAGAUUUUCAACCAUUGUCAAAAGACUGUGAAAGUGAAAGUACGAAGGAACCACAUAGCAAACAACCAGACGAAUCAGCAAAAAUUAAGAUUGUUCAUUUUGGACUUUUGUGAAAUUUGAUACGAUUGAAUACUUACACAUAUUCAUUCGUAAUAUUGUAAAAAAAAAGAACUUUUUAAAUUUGAUACAAAAACUUUGAGACUUAAUCAUGAUUAAAAUAGCGCAUUAGAAUGGUUCAUUAUCACAUAUUAGUGUACGUAUAACAUGGUUUGAUUUUACGUAUUAAUACACUUAUCAUGAAUUCAUAUUUAAAAAUAGUAUUACCUAUAUAAGUAAGGAAUUAAAUGUAAUUGUAUAACUGUAACAACCACUAACUGCCAGUGAAUCUGUAUUAUUACGUUAUUGGUAUGUGUCCAUAUUUUAUAUUUUUAUUGAUCGCAAAUAAACAUAUUUUUAGUAGA